AAGAACCCUCCUCCUGCAGGAUGAAGAUACGAGGACAAAGAUUUAAGCUGAGCGACAAACAAACGCCGCUCGAAGACGACCGGCCAUAAAAUGUAAUUCGUGUUUACUCUUUUCGUCUUUUGGUCAGCUAAUUUAAAAAAAAAAAAGCAAACUAAUUUACCGACUAUUUUUCCUCCUCCGUUGUAGCUAUGUUUCAUACAAAAUAUGCCGACUCGAACAGUGAGAGUCUCGAAGCGGCGACAGAGCUCGUGCCUGUCGUAACCGUCUUUCUCGGAUUUUGUCUGUCGCAUCAGUGACUAUGGAUGUGAGAGCAGUUCUGGAGUUUGCCACAGUUACCAGAGGCCUCUCUCUGGCGCUGCAGGCUGUCUUAAAUGCUGCCAUCCCUGACCAUGACGCCGAUGCAUUCAGGCCCCCUCGGACAGAGGAGCACCUGUACUUGGACUCUGUGGUGGAGUGGUUGUUUGGAGGCCUCUCUCACUGGGAUGCUGAGCACUUCCUCUUCAUUGCUGAGAGAGGAUACCUUUAUGAGCACAACUUUGCGUUUUUCCCCCUCUUCCCCGUCGUCCUCCGAGGCCUGGCAGAGACGCUGCUGUGGCCCCUGAGCAGCUGGCUGAGUGUGCGGGGGCGGCUGCUGGUUGCUGUGGCUCUGGGAAACAGUGCCCUCUUCCUGUUGAGCACGGUCGCCUUGCAUGCCCUCAGCAGAAUAGUUCUCCAGGACAGGCGUCUUGCGCUGCUCUCCAGCCUGCUCUACUGCAUCACUCCGGCCAAUGUUUUCAUGACUGCUGGGUACUCGGAGAGCCUGUUUGCAGCACUCACUUUCGGCGGUCUUUACCUCCUGGAGAAAGGAUUCAUCUUCCGAGCUUGCCUUGCCCUCAGCAUAGCCACUGCAGCGCGAUCAAAUGGACUUGUCAACAUAGGAUUUCUGCUGUAUCUUCCAUCACUCCAUGCCAUCUCCCAGAUUCGUUUGUAUCGCAAAACGACAAAAGGUCACAGUAAAGUCUUCCACUACAUCUGGGUCAUUGUCUGUCUUCUGCUCACCUCCCUCUUGGGAACUGCAAUUAUUGCCCUCCCCUUCUGUGCUUUCCAAUACUAUGGUUAUAGGACGUUUUGCACACCAUCCACCUCCUUGGAGAGUAUCCCUCCUGCUCUUCUGUCAUUAGCUGAACGGAAGGGCUACCGGGUUCCAGAUGAAAAUGGUCCGCCACCCCUCUGGUGUAUGAGACCCCUGCCUCUGCUUUAUUCUCAUAUCCAGGAUGUGUAUUGGGAUGUGGGCUUCCUCCGUUAUUUUGAGCUGAAGCAGAUACCAAACUUUCUUCUGGCUCUUCCUAUGGCCACCCUUGGCAUAAUGGCUUCUUAUGCAUAUUUUCAAGCUAAUCCAGAGCUGUGCAUGAGACUCGGACUUUGGGAAACAAAUGCAAGCAAAGGACUUGACAAACCCAUGCCAGGAUUCUUCAACCCUCGAGUGUUCGUGUAUGUGGUGCAUUCAGCGGUACUCCUGGUGUUUGGCACCUUGUGCAUGCAUGUGCAGGUUCUAACCAGAUUCAUGGCCUCUUCGUCUCCUGUGCCGUUCUGGAUAAGUGCCCACCUGCUCCUCCUCAAUGAACCACUUCUUCAUCGAAGGAAAACGUCAAACCCCAGUGUACAGCUGCAUUCCAGAAAUAGCUGCAAGCACACACCUCAGAACCCCAUUGUUGCGCUGCUGCCACACUUUAAAACCUGUUCUUCUACCACGCAGAGCAUCCUGGGAUACUUCCUCUCUUACUGGCUACUGGGCCUUGCACUGCAUUGCAACUUCUUGCCAUGGACUUAAGAGAUUGCUCUGAGGUUUAGUUCUGUGCAGGACUGGGCUGUAAGUUGGUAGGUGUUUACAUCAUCAGUAGCCAUCCUUUGAAAUGUCAAUGGCUAUUAAUGAAUGUAAUAAAAUCACAAAAAUAUUGUUGUAGAAAUAAUUGUACACAAAGUGCAACAUUUUACCUAGGUUAUUUUUUAAAAAAAAACUAAAUACGUGAACUUGCUGUUGACAAAAAAACAAGCCAACAAGUCAAAAAUGAUGUCUCUAGUUUUAGUUACAUUGCCCAGUCCUGCACAGACCUGACUGUGACACGAUUACAUUUUUGAUGCUGAUUCUGUAACAUGAUACAGUCAACGUAUUUCAUUUGUGGAUCUUAGUCAUAUGUGUUUCUGUUGUUUGAGAACAAACUCAAAAAUAACUGAAUCUUCACUGGACUCUGGUUGGAUGUAAAUACUGGAAGACUAUAGUUGUACUUGGGGGUGUUAUUUCAUGUUCAGUCCUUCCUGAAGCCACUAUUGUUUGAAAGUCGUACCUCCACCUUAUAUCUUGAAACUUGAAUGAAAAUAACGAAAAUAAAUAAAUAAAGGAACUUCAACUUUU